UCACGUGGUCUUUCAGAACCCGGAAAACCCGGAGUGACAUUCAGAGUCUGAAAACGGUUUAAUAACAUCCAUAGUGGAAGUUUGACGUUUUAAGAUAUUUCUUUAGUGUUUACGUUUUAAUAGCCUCGGUGGUCUCCAGCAUGUUGCAGGCUUUGAAAAGCGUGCGACACCUGCAGUCCAGUGCAAUAAAACAAGCAGUUUCAGAGCUCUGUGUCCCGGUCCCAUGGGGAGAUCUCAGAGGGAAAAUCUGGGGUCCUGAUCACGGUCAUCCCGUGCUGUGCUUGCACGGCUGGGCUGACAACUGUGGCACAUUCAACAGCCUCAUUCCCCUGCUACCCACAGAAUUCAGAUACGUGGCGCUGGAUCUGGCGGGUCACGGCCUAUCGUCACAUCGUAGUCCUGGAGAUUUCUACACUUUUCCAGCGUAUGUGAUGGACGUACGCAGAGUUGUUGAAGCUCUGCAGUGGAGCAAAUUCUCCAUCAUAGGCCACAGUAUGGGUGGUAAUGUUGCUGGAAUGUUCAGUGCACUGUAUCCUGAGAUGGUGGAUGCUGUCGUACUGCUGGACUCAUAUGGAUUCUUGCCCACAGAUAAGAACGAAAUGUGGAAAGUGAUGAGGCAGGGGAUGGAUCAGAUGGUUCAGUUUGAAAAAAUGACAGAAGAUAAGAAAAGAAGAGUUUACACUUAUGAAAAUGCAGUAGAAAGGCUGAUGGCUGCCAACCCGACUCUGUCUCAACGGUCAGUGCACAUCCUUUUAGAGCGAGGUCUAGUUCAAGUUGAAGGAGGUGUGGCAUUUACCCGAGACCUCCGUAUUAAUCUGAAAAAUAUAACACGCAUCAGUUCGGAUCAGAGUCUGGAAUUUCAGUCGGGGAUUCAAGCCUCUGUUCUAGUUAUUCUAGCAGAGGACGGCUUUGAGAAAAUGUUUAGUAAACCAGAGGAAAAGAAAUUCACAUCAGCAAUUCUCCAGGCCUAUAGGGACAGAAAUCAUGCGGUGGUGACGGUACCAGGUGAUCAUCACGUCCAUUUGAAUGAUCCAAAAGCUGUCGCUCCACUUGUGUCUGACUUCCUGCAGACCAAAGUGUUGACACAACCAGCCCGACAAACAGCAGAACAGACCUCGAAGUUAUAGCAAACACAAAAACAUUUUGCCUUAAGUCAUAUUACACUGCUGAUCUACUGCUGAUUUUAACAUAAAAUGUGGUUGUAUUCAUAUUGUACUGUUUACACUCACCUUGGUGCUAAAACCUGUCAACCAGCUAUGUAAGCAUAAGUCAUGUUACUUUUGCUGAACUCCUAAAUUACUUAAUGCAUUUUAAUAGAUAUUUAAUAACCACUUUUCUUUAACUCCAGAUGGUUUGUAAAAUAGUGAAGGGGGGUGUUGGGUAAGAUCAGCAAAAAACAGCUAAAUGAGCUGAGCAUGAUGGGAAGGAAUCAGCCAGCCAGUGCCUUGACAGAGCACAGCGCCAUUAAGCAUGGUCGUUCACUGUGUUUACCUUCAGUAAAGGUCCCAUGACAUGGUGCUCUUUUGAUGCUUUUAUAUAGACCUUAGUGGUCCCCUAAUACCAUAUCUGAAGUCUCUUUCAAGAAAUUAAGCCUUGUUGCAUGAAUUACAGCCACUAGAGCCAGUCCCACAAUGAGCUGUUCUUAGUAUGUGCCAUAUACAUAUAUCAUGUCUGAAGCUUUUGAGGAAGAGAGAGAGGGGGUAAGGUGGAGGGUGGGGGUGUGGCCUUGACCAACUGCCACUUUGCUCGUUUGAAAGCCAUGAUGUCUCUCUCUCAUGGGUGGGCCAAAUUCUUUGGGCAGGCAAAGCAGAGAAAGAGGAGGUAACAUUGUCCCUUAUGACCUCAUAAGGGGCAAUAUUCCAGAUCGGCCCAUCUGAGCUUUCAUUUUCUCAAAGGCAGACCAGGAUACCCAGGGCUCGGUUUACACCUAUCGCCAUUUCUAGCCACUUGGGGACCGUAGGUAGGCUGGGGGAACUCAUGUUAAUAUUGAAAAACCUCAAAGUGAAAUUUUCAUGCCAUGGGACCUUUAAACCACACAGACCUUUACACACAUCAACUGGUCUGUUACAACUCUACUCGGACAGAGAUUUCUCAGCUCUCAGUUGAGAUGGAUAGCAAAGCGCUGAGGUUCAGCCCAUAGCAAACAUUCCCAUUGCUCAUAGCUUAAACUCGACACUACACCAUGGUGAUUUUCAACCUGCUUGCAUGUUAUUUUUUAAAGAUUUUUUGGGGCAUUUUUUCCCUUUAUUAGAUACUGACAGUGGAUUGACAGGAAAGCUGGGAGAGAGAUGAGGGAUGACACGCAGCAAAGGGCCGCUGAUUGGACUCUGACUACAUGAGGCCCCGUUUGCACGUUUUUUUUAGCCUCACAUUGUUGAAACACAGGCUAAUAUUGUUAGCAAGGGCAAGAAGUUAGCAGACUGCCAAGACUGCACCUUUCUCUCUGCUCUGCAUCGAGGGUGUGUCCCUUAUUUAAAGCCCUGGCCUUGGUGAAACAGGGAGAUCAAAGGAGAGGAGACAGCAAAACGCAGUAAGAUUGCUGAAAAAACUGCACUUCAUUUUUAAGGAUUCUAAGGAUACUAUUCUACAGUAUUUAAAAACAAAACAAAUACCUAAAUCCUAAAUAGAAAACCGAAUACUUACCUAACGAACAAAUAUCCGAAAAGUUAAAGGUUCAAAAAGUCAACAUUAGCGUCGUAAAGAUAGAUGGCUAAGCUGUAUUGGACUGCAUUACAUCGUGCAGGGGUAAUGAAGAUCUCAGUUAUUUAGGCUAUUCUGGACUCUAUUCUGAGCUUGGUCUUCCUGCUGCCCUGCAGUUCAGACUGCUGUGUAUUAGCAGGCAGUAGGUAUCUCACCUUGUAGCUGCUCUCUUUGAGGAUUGUUUAAAAUGCACAGGUGUCGUAGAAGUCCGCUGCCUGUUAAUAUUUUAUCAAAUGCUCAGUUUCUCUGAAGUGUAUCCUCAUGUUUAAUCUCAAAAGGUAGCAAGCUGUGGGAAGAGUGUGUACCUGAGUGCCACAGUGGGAGCACAGGAUAAAUAUGAAUUCAGCAAGUAUUGUCACACAAUAUCUUGUUUACAGUAUUUAAAUUGUUAAGUUAAUGUUAAGAAAGGCUUUCAUUUUGGAUGAUUAUCUGUUAGAAAUCUAUGAAAAUGCAAUUCCUUAAAUAUUUGAAUGUAAUGUAAUCUUUAAUCAUUUCACAAUUGACCAUCUAUUGCUUUUUCUGUGAUCUAGUUUUAAAUAUUGUGUUUUUCAGGCUAUUGUAAAGAUUUACCCAUACUUGUUAGGAUAUUGUUGCACACAUUGUUCCUUUUUUUUCUAAAAUUUGAAAACGCUAAGAAAAUAUAUUUUGAUGAUUUCCUGAUUUCCAUCCAAUAAAUCUUUAAAGACGCAUGCAGUUGUUUGACAGAUGUUGAAAGGCUGUGGACAAUUAUUGAAAUCAGAUAUGUAAAAUAAAUAAUUGGAAAACAGAAGACCUUUUGGUAGAGGGAAAACCAUGUCUUGCAGAAUUGUUGAUCUAUAAAUAUAUGUGUUUAUAACUAUUGUAGCAAUGUCACUUUUGCCCUGAAAAGAACACUGAAGGAGUGCUAUA